CGAGACGCGGUUUAUUCGUGCAUUGAUCGUCGUUGUGAGCGGAAGCUGUGCUGAUUAAGCGUUCGGGUCGCAGUGUUGUGCUGAGAAAUUUGAUUGAUAGCCUGCUCAUACUGCACGAGGAGCUUCGGAAGCUUACGGUGAAUUUUAAUUACAUUGCCUCUUUGACUUUCGAAUUGAUUAAAUAAAUUCCGCGACAACUGUUGCUCAUCAGUUAAGACACGGCGUCUUUAAUAUAUCGUUGAAACCGGUUCAUAGCGUUUGAUCGCAAUAAAGUUGUGCUGUGGUGAUAUGAGUCUUGACUCAUAAGUGUGGUUUAAUUCGCUCGUGAUUGUGAGCAAAGGAAUAGUUUUUCAAACAAAAAAUAAACACAUUCAGUGAUUGAAAAUGUCAAACCCAGCCGAGGGCGACAACGGACAUGUCGCGAUUAACAUCGAGGGAGACAAAAUUAGCGAAGCAGAAGCCGAGGCGAAACCGGCAGAUUCAGUAACGCCAAUGGUUCCACAAGCUGCAAAUCGUUCCGAGAAGGAAGCCAAACCACCCAGAGCAGGUUCAAACACAAGAAGUCGACAGCUGAAGCCAGGCGCUACAGGAAACCGCAGUAGGUCGAACAGCCGAUCACCUAACCGCCGCGUUCGCCGUGAUACGGAAGCAGCUCAGAAUGAUGCCAUUCCAUUGCUCCCCACAGACGAGAGCCGGCUGCCGAGGCCGGAGCCUCCUCUCGCCGGCCCUGAAAUGGAUGACGAUGGACCGGACGAAGGUCGGGGCAACUACGAUCCGUAUAUCAACACAGGGAUUGACGAUGGAUUUUUGCCGGACAAAUCCGAUCGCAGUGGAAGCGAUCGCCCUAAUGGCAGAAGGACACCCGGUAGACGAGACAGUUAUCCGAUGGGUCCUUUCCCUACGCCUGCAGGGUAUGGACCGAGUGGACCACCGAUCCCAGAAUCUCGAGUCAUUCCAGACAUGAACGUGUACCAGCAGAAAAAGAGUCUCGCCCAGGGCAUGAUGGAUCUGGCCUUGCUGUCGGCCAACGCCAACCAGUUGCGAUAUGUGCUGGAGUCCUACCAGCGACAUCCGUAUUUUUACUUCAGCCUGGUGUUCAUAUCGACCAGCAUUAUCUGUCAGGUGGCCGUUGGAAUCGGGCUGAUUUGGAAAAGUCGAUACAACAUCAAGAACGAGGAUGACUUCUGUAAGGCGGAUCGAAUUAAUAACUUGGUUACGAUUGGGAUUUUUGUUAUAACCUUGGUCAACGUUUUGAUUUCGGCAUUUGGAGUAGCUGAUCCGCCGCGAAGCACGUAGGGGGCGAUGUUUUUAUUGUGAACAUUUUCUAGCAAAUAAGAUUUCAACAAUCCAGUGAAGCGUUGUAUAUGUAGUAAUAGCAUUUAUGGGACCAGUAUGCAUGUGUGUUGCCUCGUCAUGAGCGUUAUAUUUAUAUGAUAAGCAAAAAAGAUUAUUUUCUUAUUUGCUUAUCAAAUACACCGUUUAUUAUUAUUACAUUAAGUGAA